UUUGAUUAUUUAUUUGAAGAUUGCCUUAGAAUUAAAAAAAAUUGCAGCUUCUGUGUGUUCUUAUUAUUAAUACCUCAAAUUGUAUAAUUUGUUAUUGUUAUUUUAAUACAGUGCAAAAUAAAUGGUUUUUUACCAGUUGAAACGACGAGUAAUCUUUGACCUCCCACUGAUAAUAAAAAUUCAAAGCCACAUAACCUAAAAUGUUUGCAAUAAAAGUCGCAAAAACAGUUGGAAAAAAUGUGUUCUACUCUCAAAUUCGCAAAUUAUCAGAAGUAACUAACGACUUGACCUAUGCGCAACUCCAAGGAUCCGAUACGGGAAUCACCGUUUUCGGUUUUAACCGGCCGAAACAAAAGAAUGCCUUAAGUGCCAACUUAGUAACCGAAUUACAGAAAUCUCUACAUAAAAUUACUUUCGACACUUCAGCGCGAGUGUUGAUAGUACGAAGCUUAGUCCCUGGAGUCUUCUGUGCUGGAGCCGACCUUAAAGAACGCGCGACGAUGCCCCAAGCCGAAGUCGGAAAAUUCGUUUCAAACCUUCGAAGUCUCAUGGACCAAAUCCACAACCUCCCAAUCCCAGUCAUAGCCGCCUUGGAUGGCCUUGCUUUAGGAGGCGGCCUUGAGAUAUCCCUUGCUUGUGACAUUAGAGUUGCCUCUAGUGACUCAAAAAUGGGGCUAGUGGAAGGCAAACUGGCCAUAAUUCCGGGUGCCGGGGGCACCCAAAGACUCCCUCGGCUUAUCAACCCUUCAAUUGCCAAGGAAUUGAUAUACACGGCGAGAACAAUUGACGGUGCUACUGCCCACCGAUUGGGUAUUGUGAAUCACGUGGUGUCGCAAAACACUAAUCAGGAUGCUGCCUAUCUGAAAUCACUCGAAUUGGCUCGGGAGAUACUACCAAAUGGGCCUGUGGCUGUCCAAAUGGCCAAAAAGGCUAUUAAUAAGGGGGUACAAGUCGAUUUGAGUUCAGGAUUAGCGAUUGAGGAGGCGUGCUAUGCUCAGCUGAUACCGACCAAGGAUAGGAUAGAGGGACUACAGGCGUUCAAAGAGAAGAGAAAACCGAAUUAUACUGGCGAAUAAUUUUGUUACAGUUAAAAAAUUAAAGAUCAAAUAAUUUUUCAA